AUGUCUCUUCCAACAGUUAUGCGCGACACACAACUGGUAGGACAGCACCUUUUCGAUCACACGCCAGUUGUUCGAACAGAAAUCGAGCGAUUUAUCGAGAGAUUCGAGAAAAAUGAACGACAUCGUGAGUUUGAUGGAAUUCUUCGCGCCAGCCACGCACUUAUCGAAGCUGCUGAGACUCCCGUUGAAGCUCUGUUUAACACCGGCAAAAUGGAAUCGUUGACGAAUGAUGUGAACCAUCUAACGGAAAGAAUUCAGAAACUUUCCACACCGACUUAUGGCAAGGUGAGAACUUUAUUCUAUUCAUUUUUUGCGAUCACUUAA